UUCACCGCAUCUACAGUUAGGCCUAGGUUCUGUUCUCAGGGUCUGUAAGAGUAUUGCUCUGCACACGCUUCUAACGUUCCGAGCAUGUAAGGAAUUCCUCAUUCCCAAAAUGAAAAUAAGUCGCGACUGUCCAGUGUGCGGUAGGAAAAAUGAGUCCGUGUCCAAGCUGACGAUGCAUCUCCGGACCCACACGGGAGAGAAGCCUUUUGAGUGCACGGUUUGUAACAAGAAGUUCAGCCAACGUAGCCACCUCAAAAGGCACCUCCAGAUCCAUACAGGAGAGAAGCUCUUCGAGUGCAUGGUUUGCAACAAGAAGUUCGGGGAAGGUGGCGGCCUUAGAGCGCACAUUCGGUCGCACACAGGAGAGAAACCAUUUGAGUGCACGGUUUGCAACAAGAAGUUCAUCCGUGGUCCCACCCUCAGAGUGCACCUCCGGACCCACACAGGAGAGAAGCCAUGGGAGUGCACGGACUGCAACAAGAAAUUUACUCAAAACAGCGAUCUUAGAAGACACCUCCUAACCCACACAGGAGACAAGCCCUUUGAGUGCACGGUCUGCAACAAGAAGUUCAACCGUGGUUCCACCCUCAGAGUGCACCUUCGGACCCACACAGGAGAGAAGCCCUUUGAGUGCACGGUUUGCAACAAGAAGUUCACCCAAGGUGGCAACCUCAGAGUGCACCUUCGCACCCACACAGGCGACACAUCCCUUUAAGUGCGUGGUUUGAAACAUAGAGUUUAACCACAGCUCUCGUCUGAAAACGCAUUGCAAACCCACGCUGAGAGUAACGCUUUGAGUAUCGAGUUUGCAGAUGGAAGUUCAGUCAAGACGUUGAGCAGUCUCAACUGCGCAUUUUAUUUGAGGACAAGCGUCUGACUGUACGUCUCCUUUCCGGAAGGCGAUUACUUAGCGGCAGGCGUAAGUGUGCAGUUUGAAACUGCUCAUAUGGCGCUUGAUUUUUUUAUGUACUCCCGAUUUGUUAAAAGUAUGAAACAACCAUUUCCGUGUCAAUCUUUUGCUGUCUGCAGAAUUGUAGUGUUUUUUUUAUUUUUAAAAGUUAAGUGAGAACACAUGUAGAAAUAUUACUGCCGUGUUGAGGUGUUGGAAGCUAAGCGCGAAUUUUAUUCAGAACAAAAUUACUUCCAACGUGAGAUAGUCUAGCGUUUGCUUGUAGAUAAGUGAUACAGAAAUCGAACUAAUGUCGUUUGUAACGGUGUAGAUGAUACAGGGUCGGAGUUUUUUUUUUAAAUGUGUAAUUGUUGUGGCAUAGAGACGUCUGGAUGUUUAAAUGUUAUCUAAAGUAUGUUCUUAACGUUCGUUUUCUUUAAGCUUUUGACUUCAGAGCAAUGCAGCUCUUAGGUCCUCGUUAGAGUACGAUAUUCUUUUCGAGUGGAGUAUCUGCUCAUAUUUGAUGAUGGCAUUGCGUGUCUGAAUUAAGACUCCUUUGUUUGUUCUCAGCACGCUUCGGUUGGUCCUUGGAUGAUGGCAUUGACUGAACCUUGGUUAUAUUACAUAAGCGUUGUAUCAGUUUAACUGUUUCACGUUUUAUGUUGUCACUUGCUUCUAAAGACUAGACUUCUCUGUACUGUUUUAACCGCUCUUCUGAAUAAAGAAGUAGUAAUUUUAUUA